GGAUAAUUAUUGCCUGAACAAGAAGCCGUUUGGUACUUUGAUGGGCUAGAGUGGGCUCCUUCAACCAUGCGCUGUGCAUGUUUACUCAUUUGGAGGGUGAUUGGGUGAAGUGCAAAGAGGGGGAGGGCAACGACUAUCAUAAGUAUCUCUUAUUCAAAAGCGGGAACCAACUGGCUAUGACUUUCCAUGCUGGGAGGAAAAGACAGAGUAAAUAAAGGGAGAGAAGGACAGAUUGGAGGCAGGGUUUAAUUAAUUACGUAUGGAUUUUCCUGACCACCAGGCUGUUAUUACCGCCGUUUGGACUGCAAUUCAUCUGUUGGGCACCCAGAGAAUCAUAUCCAGAGGACCAGCUUGUGAUCAAGGGAUGAAAACAGUGGUUCAGUUCUUUCAGUCUUAGGACCAAGGCAGCAGGUGGCAGCCAGAAGAACAUUGCCAUGAAAGUCACACUGAACGCCAUCUCCCUCUUGGCAGCCUUUGCUGGCGUGGUCAGUUUCAGCUUCCUGGUGGUGGCUAUCAGCACUGACUUUUGGUACCUUAUUGAUGCUUCUAAGCUGCAGGAGCUCAUGAACCACACAGACAGCCUGAACUCCCACUUAGGGCUCUGGAGGGCAUGCCCAGUUAAUAGUGACUGUUUCCAUUUGGCAAACCCCUUUAAGCAUGACAUAUCAAAUAUCACCACAUCACACAAGCAACUCUUAAAUAUGCAUGGGGCAGUUUUGAUCCUGCUACCUCUCAGCCUCAUCUUGUUCAUCUUUGGAGCAAUGACGGGCUUCAUCAGUAUCCUUGCACAGGCUUACUUCCUCCUCGUGUUCACUGGCCUCCUCUUUCUCUUUGGAGCUCUCAUCACACUGGCCGGGAUCAGCAUCUGCAUCGCCUUCUUUCCCGCAGGCUUCAGGGAAGCCAUAUUCCUCAUGGGAAAGAAGAACCUUCUGGACAUUAUCAACAUCCAGUUUGGCUGGUCUCUGGCCUUUGCCUGGCUUUCCUUGGCUGCCGAGAUCCUCACUGGGCUAGCUUUCCUCCUGAUGGCCAGGAUGGUGGAUUUGAAGCAAAGGCAGGAUUGCACCUUAUGAGGUUACCAAACACCGCAGCCCAUCUGGGUCAGUUGGUUUUGACACCACCAGGU